AGCGGAGCCUUCCGAAACAAACAGGCUGGACCCUCGCACCCUCGUGCCAUGGGUGGCAGCCUUUCGCAGAAACCUUGCCCAGAAGAUGAGGAGGUGCGGCUGCCUGUGGAACUGCAAGCCUCUCAGUACAAGCAGCGGGUGACAAGGCUUGUGGAGGAAGCCCAGAAGUCUCCUCCCUCCGAGUCCCUGGAUGUCACGCUGCGGCGCUGCAUCGCUUUUUGCUACAGCGUCACCACGGAGUGGGCGCCCUUUGUGCGGGUCACGGUCUUUGCGGACAACUCCGCGGAGCAUCAGCUGAACGUGCCGGUGCACAGCACGCUGCUCACUUGCCUCGGGGAGCCAGGCUUUGAAACGGAGGAGGUGCCCUGCAAAGCGGUGCCGGGGACGGACGUGCAGUUUGGGCACGUGAGGCCCAGCCUCUUUUGGACCCGCCGGGUGGCUUGCCGGGUGCCUUUGAGGAGCCUGGCGCACAUCUACCUGAAAUGGUUUGCAGACCUGGAGGACACUGAUGAAAGGAAGCAGCUCUUAGUGAACAUACUCCUUCAGAUGCACGAAGCCUGCUACAACUGCGUCGGUCGGCACAAGGAGGUUUUCGAGUAUUGCAUCUACGACUUGAUGCAAGCAGAGGAACCUGUUCCCAUAUGCCGCGGCGGUACCCAUAGUGCUCAGGCGGUUUGCCAGCAUGCGGCGGCUUUCUUGGACAGGCACAAGCGAAAUGCUUUACAUGCCGCCUUCCUCUCGCCGCUCAAGUUUCUUUUCCAACGCCGCUAUGAGGUAUUUGAGAAUCUGGAUAGCCAUGGUGCAUCCUUUUGGGUCGCUAUUCUGCGAAGCUUCAACAGCGACUUGGACAUGCCCUUUGAAAACAUUGAGGAGCUUGACAUGGGCUGGAUUUGGGGCGCUGUGGAUUUCUUACCGCACAUGCAGUCGAGCCCCGCUUGCACGGCCCUGCAUCGGUUCUCGCAGCCGGAGAAUUUGGGCCUGGACUGGCGGAUGCUCACCAAGGACUUGCCCAAGCCUCAGGCCCUGCCGGGCAGGUUCCGGGGCUUGCCGGCGCGGCCGGGGCCCGAUGGCUUCAAGGAGGCGUUGAGGCGGGUCCAGCAGCCUCACCACAGAGACGUGUUCCGGAGCUACGUGAGGCGCUUUGUCAACUUCUUCGACCAAGAGGUGCUGCUCCGGUGCUGGGCCCUUUCCGCCGUGAGCUCUGUGCGCUGGGACGCGGAGCUGGGCCCGGCCUUGGCGGAGCUCGACGGAAAGCCGCCGCAGGAGCUGCGUCUGGAGCUCUGCGCCUCGGACACGCGCUUUACCAGACCCCAGGCUCCACGGACGGGGCGGCCAACCUGAGCGCCGCUUCAAGGCUUCUUCGGGCAGCCUCGGUGCCCUGGGCGUCUGUCUGAACGGUCCGCGAGACAAUCCAAUAAGUGGCGUUAGCUCCGUCUCAAGGGAAAGGGCGGCAGACUUCUCGAAGCCAAAUGUGGGGGUGCCGCGCUUCGAUGCCAUGCAGGGUGGAAGGAGCAUCCACUGGCAUUGAGCAUGUGUUUGAACUGCUGUUUGUGAUGGCGGUUGAUUGAAUUGGGAAGUUUGGCUGAACUCAGGGAAUCUCUGUUGGAUCCUGGCGCCAGAGAGGUGGCCAGAAGAGCCGCCCGACAUUGUGCAUAUCGCCAGUGGCGCUGUGUGUUUUGCUGGGUGCCAAAUGGUACACAUUUCUGCC